CAAGAAACGGAGGCAGCAGCAUCUUGCCGUGUGCUUUUUGGUGAAAACUGGUUUCCUGGGGUUUAGCCAGCUCGGCGAGGGCUGUACGGAUCAGUCCCUCCCCUGGGAAAAACAGGGUUGGGAUUGGGGUGUGUGCGCGUGCGCCGGGAACCUGCCUAGGGGCACACUGAUGAUUUCAGGCUGCAUUGCUACCCGCUCUUCCAGCUCACGCUUCCCUGCCCUCCCUCUCUGCCCCUGCCCAUUUGGGUGCACAGAUAUAAACCCUCCAGCCAAUAUGUUUCCUCUGGGGGACUGGCAGGUUUGCCUGGAGGGUGCGCAUGGCUCUUGUCUCAUCCCAAGGCUUUCCUUAGGGACGGAGCAAGGGUAUAUUCUGGUGGCUGCUCCCGGUGAGCUCACACCGUGGGCACUCCUUCAGUGCUAGAGCGGCAGGGCAGGUUGCUGCUCCAGCUUUGCCUUGGAGCUCCCGACGCUUUGCCUCACCGUGUGCAAGCAGUGCUGGUCCAUCCCAAGGGAAGACAGGUGGCCCGACCAUGCCGAGCAUAUUCUCCUACCAGAGUGCUGAAGUGGACUGGUGCGAAGGCAACUUUGAGCGCUCGCAAAUCAUUGCCGAGUACUACAACACCAUCAGCAAUGUAAGCUUCUUCAUCCUUUCUCCUGUCCUGCUCUACCUGAACCGGCAGUACUGUCAGCAGCGUGCCUUGCCCUUGUAUCUCGUCUCUGGCCUGCUCUUGUGUGUAGGAAUCUUCUCCACGUACUUUCACAUGACCCUGAGCUAUGUUGGACAACUCUUGGAUGAGCUCUCCAUCCUCUGGACGCUGGCUGUGUCAUAUGCAGUUUGGUACCCAAGGGUUUACUUCCCCAGGUGCAUCAAGAGCAGGAAGCAUUUCUUCUGGUUGAGUGGCAUCACCACCGUGAUCAGCACCUUCAUGUCCUUCAUCAAACCAGCCUUCAAUGCCUACGCACUCAACUGCAUCGCCUUCCACCUCCUGUACCUGACACGGCGUGAGCUGAAAAAGUGCAAUGACAGAAGGGUUCACCAGAUGGCCAAGGUCAUGGUCAUGUGGUGGGUACUGGCCAUCAGCAGCUGGAUCAGUGACCGGUGGCUCUGUGGGCUCUGGCAGGCCAUCAACUUCCCCUAUUUCCACAGCUUCUGGCAUGUGCUGAUAGCCAUGUCCCUCCUCUACUGCUGCCCACUGGUCAUCUACUUUGACGUCAACUACGAGAUGCCAAAGUUCAAGCCAAAGAUAGGAUAUUGGCCCAGCGACUCUUCGCGUGUCGUGGUGCCUUACAUUAUCCUGGAGGAACCCCACAAGCAGUGCUAGAGCUUGUGGCAUCCCUCAGGCAUUCCUCAGGCAUGGGGUGAGUGAUGCACGCAUGUGCAUCUUCAUGGGGAACACCUCGGCUCUGUGCCUGUUCCUCGGCCAAGGGCAAUGUGGCUAACGAUGGGGCAGGGAGCACCUGAGGCCUCAUGGUGCCGGGCAUGGAGCAGGGGGGGAGUCCACAGAUGCCUUGGAAGACUCUGCCCAGGCUGGCUCCAGGGA